UGGCCACCGAACAACCACGCGGCAGUACACCAGCGCCACCGCAACGAUGCGGUUCAUGGUCGUGUCAUGGCUGGUCAGCGUAUGGAUCAGUAAAGCCGAUGCUUCGUUAGAUGCGCGGUGGCCGUCAACGUCUCGGCCGUCUGUGUUGUCCGCGAAUGAUGUGUCGUCUUGUGCGUCGACGUUGGCGUUGUCCAAACUCAAUGACAACUACUGCGACUGCUUGGAUGGCUCGGACGACGAAUGGCUAACGGGGGCCUGUGGUGUGGGUUAUUUCACGUGCGCUUGGUCUGGCCUCCAACUGCCGUCAUCUUUCGUGUUGGACGGAGUAUGCGAUUGCUGCGAUGGCUCGGACGAGGGUCCAACCAACACGUGUAGAAACAGGUGUGAAUCCGUAGCCGCGCAGACCAACGCGCGACUACAUGACGUCCUACAGAACGCUCUCGAAGGUCUCAAGGUGAAAGAUGCGUACAUUGAUAAUGUCGGAGCCACGUCGCAACUCGACUCGUGGCGAGCGUCGCUAGCGCAAGCAGUUGAACACUGGGAGGGUGCUGCCGAAGCAGCGGAAGACCAGCUUGACGCUUUGACCCACCGGUACCAAAUCAACCCGAGUUUGACGCCGACGGACCAAGAUCGCCGCCUGUAUCACCAGCUGUACGCUCAAAUGCAGCAUGCCAAAUCCCAGUGGUCUAAGGUUUCAACGCUGGCGUCCACGUCGUUCGGUGACCACGAUGAAUUUGCGUCGUUGAUGGGACAUUGCUUUGAAUAUGAAGUGAACGAGAAGGAGCUCAAAGGCGGCACGUCCAACACGAUUGCGAGAACGUACUUGAUGGUGUUUUGCCCCUUUGUAAACGUCACACAAACAGAGCCUGGAUACCAUGGAUGGCGCCUUGCGCAGAAGCAAGCGCAGGUUGGGGAUAAGUACGUGGUCGAGGACGAUGGGACCGACCAAGAAGUCCAACCGCCAAUUCUACUUGGCCUCUGGGGCGAAUGGGCCGCAAGAAACCCUCACGACAACCAUGCCAUCCUAGUCCCAGCACCAUUGUAUGUGGAAGGAGUGCCGCAUGCCGCAGAGACUCGGGUAGCGUCUGCGCUGCGCCCGCCAAACCAAUUGUACGGCCGCGGCGAUCUCUGUGGCGGCCGAGAUGACCCGAACCGACGGUAUCGCCGAGUCACAGUCGAGAUGCAUUGCGACUCGUACAACCACGUCGCUUACAUGGAAGAGCGAGCAUGGUGCGACUACGUCCUCGGUUUUAGCACGCCCGCGGCAUGCACAAAAGAGUACGUCGCCCAUCUUCAGAGCGCCACAGAUCGAAAUGACGUUACCACAAUGCAUGACGAACUAUAAGCUCAACCCUCGUUGACCAAGCCGUGGAUCUUUAUGCCAUGAAAUCCAAGUCGAUGAACGCAGAGCCAACCUACUAUUGCCGUUGCAUGCCGCGAAUGCAGUCAUCCCGCCGAACCAGUUGGAACGGCCUCGUUGAAAAUUGGGCUCUUUUCUUGAUGAC